AGAGAGAGAGAGGCGGCGUCUCCCCACCCCCCGCUCCGCCCAUUUCCCCUCCCUCCCUCCCUCCCUCCCGCUCACCACGGCCCGGGCCUGAGUCUACAUGAGCGGCCACCAGGCGGGCUAGGAGCAGGGAACUGGGAUGGAGCUGCCGCCGGGGUCUCAGUUCGGCGACCCGCCGGACUCCCCGCCCCUCUCGCCGCCCCGCUCGCCGGCCCGUUCGCCGGGACAUAACCGCCGGCGCUCGGGCCGCUUCGGCCUGGAGAUGUACAACUCCAUGAGCGGCAGCAACUUCGACCUGUUCACGGCCGAGUCGGACUCGUCGCUGUACAUGCGGGCCGACGACGAGCAGGAGGCGCCCGAGUUCAGCGAGAGCGACAUCUCGGUGGGCCGGCGCGGACGACCCGUCUCCACCUCCGGCUCCAGCAUCCGCCACCGCUACGACGUGGUGGCCGAGCUGGGCUCCGAGGAGGUGCGCUGGUUCUACCGGGAGGAACGCAAGGGCUGGAAACCCUUCAUCGGCUACGACUCGCUGCGCAUCGAGCUCAUGUACCGGGAACAACAGGGGACGAGGGAGGCCAAGGACGGCUCGGCCCGCCCGCCCCCCGAAUCCGUCUGUGUCCGAGGGGGGCUGUACGAGGUCAACGUGAUGGCGAAGCAGUGUUACCCCGUGUACUGGCACCCUGAAGCUGAUAAGAUUUUUGUCAUGCGAGGCCAAUGGUUUAUUGAUGGUACGUGGCAGCCUUUAGAAGAGGAAGACAGCGAUCUGAUAGAAGCUGAACACCUGAAACGUUUUCGAGGUCAACAGAUCCAGGAUGCAUUUGAGCUGGAUGUAGCUAAACCAAUGGACAGUAAAGACGCUAUACAUAGCUUAAAGCUGAGCCGCAACCAUGUGGACUGGUAUGGCGUGGACGAAGUUUACUUGUACAGUGACACAACUACAUCCAAAAUCGCACGAACAGUUACCCAGAAACUGGGAUUUUCCAAAGCAUCAAGUAGUGGGACAAGACUUCAUCGAGGAUACGUUGAAGAAUCCUCUCUCGAAGACAAACCACCAAUCCCUACACACAUUGUCUUUGUUGUACAUGGAAUAGGGCAAAAAAUGGACCAAGGUCGUAUCAUCAAAAACACGGGCAUGAUGCGAGAAGCUGCAAGGAAGGUUGAAGAAAAGCACUUUCAUUACGCCACCAAUUUGGAAUAUGUUGAGUUUCUGCCAGUGGAAUGGAGAUCAAAGCUCAGCCUGGAUGGGGAUACAGUUGAAUCCAUUACCCCAGAUAAAGUGCGUGGGCUUCGAGAUAUGUUAAACAGUAGUGCCAUGGACAUCAUGUAUUAUACUAGCCCCCUUUACAGGGAUGAGAUUAUAAAAUGUCUUCAGCGGGAGCUAAAUCGACUCUAUGAACUCUUCUGUUCUCGGAACCCAGAUUUUGAAGCCCAGGGUGGAAAAGUUUCCAUAGUAGCCCAUUCGCUGGGCUGUGUAAUCACUUAUGAUAUUAUGACUGGGUGGUAUCCAGUGCGAUUCUAUGACAAAAUGGUCCAGGAGGAAGAAGAGAAGCUGGAGACUAACAUGAGUUUUGAGGAACGGGAACUUUUGGAUGACAUUCUCAAGACCAAACUACGAUUAAAACAUUUAGAACAACAAUUAUUGCAAGUAAAAGCUUCAGCGCCACCUAAACAACCUGCCUUGAAAUUUAGGGUUGAAAACUUCUUCUGUAUGGGAUCCCCGCUCGCUGUUUUCCUUGCACUCCGUGGCCUCCGUCCUCAAAAUAGUGGUCAACAGGAUCAUAUUCUACCAAAAAGUAUAUGUGGUCGGCUGUACAACAUAUUUCACCCAACUGACCCAGUGGCCUAUCGAUUGGAACCUCUGAUCCUGAAGUAUUACUAUAACAUAGCACCACUUCAGAUACAUUGGUACAACACCUCAGUCCUAACAAAGUACGAUGACAUAAAGCCGACCUUCAUCAAGCCGGCCAGGGAGUCGCAGGCUCAAUCCAUGGUGCCCUCAACAGUUACCUCAAACACAGAACUGGACGUCUUGUCAAGUCCAAGUACCUCGCCGGUCAUGCCUCGUCGGAACUACGGGGAAUCAAUAACCAGCCUAGGCAAAGCAAGUAUAAUGGGAGCUGCACAUAUAGGCAAAGGUAUUGGAGGCAUUUUGUUUGCAAGAUUCACCCGCUCGCCCGUAGUGACACAGAUCAAUGAAGAAUACAAGGAGGCAGAUGAGGAAAGGAAGACCAUCGAUGUUCCAUUUAGUCCAAAAUUGUUGUCACGGACCGACUCUGGAAUUUUGUUUGGACCAGAGUUAGAACAUCGCCUUGAUUUUGAACUGCGGGAGGGCCUUGUAGAGAGUAGAUACUGGUCGGCAGUCACAUCGCACACUUCGUACUGGUCUUCUCUAGACGUCGCCCUCUUCCUGCUCUCCUUUUUGUACACACAGAGACCAGGGAAUGAAAGAAACACGGAAACCAGCUGAUUGUCAGGAGAAGUGUGGAGAGGUACCAAUGGAACUGCUGCUUAAAGUGCAAUGAAAAAAUAUGAAUCACUGUUUUUGUUUCUUUUGUUUUUUUUAUUAUAUUUUCUAGAAUCCAUAAUGAACACUGGAAGACUUAUUUCUAAAUAAAAUACUCAAACUAGAUAAGUUAUUAAAAAGACUUUCCAACCUUUGUCCUUGUUUUGUGUAAUUCAGAUGUGUAAAGCUAGUCAUCUUGGUUUGAGACUAACACUAUGGUGGAAUUUAUAAUUUAAAGCUUGAUUUGUAUAUGUUUGAAACAUGCAAACUAUAUAUAAAUACUUGAAGAAUGUUUUGUAUUUGAAGCAUAACUCACUUAUGAAUGUCGAUAUGCAGUUUGCACUUAAACCAUCCACCUUCCAGUCCUUGUCUUACAACUAGGCAGUGUAGCUAACAAUGAACUGUUUACACAUUUGAAGUACAAAAUGUAUUUUGGUGCUUAUAAUUUUUGUUAAUAUGAUAUCACUAAUAUUUUUCACUUGUUUACUGGGUCAUGUACAAAUAUAUUUUGGCUGUAAAAGCUACACUGUGCUAUUGUAUAGUGCAGGAUCACCAUAUUGUCAUGUUCUGUGUUUCUCUUUAGUUUUACAGUCAAUAAACACCCUGGAGGUUUUAUACAGCA